UAGCACUGCCCAUAACCGAAGAGGAAAAGCCGAUACACCGAAACGAUCAGACCAGGACCUCAGCCCAGAUCAUGAAACUCUGAUAAAAUUCUGGUGAUCAGCAAUUGUUGGAUAAUCAGUGAAUCGUCAUUUCCAGGAUGUCAGUGAAUUUGUCGAAAAAUCAUGAGGCACUUGUGGCAGCCUGGACGAGCGUUGUGGACGACAAAUCUCCGGUCGACUGGGCUGUUUUUGGAUACGAGGGCCAGACGAAUAAUCUGAAAGUUGUGGGAACUGGUAACGGUGGACUCCAAGAGAUGAUCGAGGAGUUGAACAGCGGUCACAUAAUGUACGCCUUCUGUCGAGUAGUUGACACAAAAACAAGUCUACCAAAAUGUGUCCUGGUGAAUUGGCAGGGUGAGCUAGCCCCAAUAGUAAGAAAAGGCACAUGUGCUAAUCACAUUCGUGACAUCGAGCGUCUGCUGAAAGGUGCUCACAUCCAGGUGAACGCCCGCUCCGAAGAGGACGUCGAGGUUGAUCUAAUAAUGGAAAAAUUGGCACGUGCCACAGGUUCUGCUUAUAAAUUUCAAGCACCUCGUUCCAAGGACGUGGGUAAUACCCCAGUGGGUACAGCAUACAAACGAGUGAUACCAGCGCAGGAGAUAAAUGCAACGGAGAGGGAUGAGUUUUGGCAGAAGGAGGAGCUGGAGGAGAAAGCGAGAAUUGAGCAGGAGAAAAUUAGAAAGGAGAAGGAGAGACAGAGAGUUGAGCUUGAAACGAGAUCUCGUGAGGAGAAGCAGAGUAAAAUUCGUGAGGACGUGGCUGUGCCUGUUGUGAGAAAAAUGGAGCAGUCUCAGGAAAGGGUACAGGAGUUGAAGAACUUGAGGAAUCAGGCGCCGAGAAAUGAGAGCGACGAAGAAGAGCCCAAGAGUAGGAGUGAUGAGUUGAGAAGACAGAGGAGCAAUGAGGCACAGCAAUUAAUUGCCCAGAGGACGAUCAACGCGAGAGCUGUUUUCGAGCAGAAUUCUGCUGCUGGACAGAUGCGAGGGGCUUUUGGGCCUAGUAAGAGUCCCAGAGGGGUCCAGGGAGGGAGAAUUGAGGGGAAAAUAGAGGAGAGAAAAAUCGAGGGGAAAGAUCAAGGGAGGAAAGUUAUUAAUGAAGCCUCUGGAGAGGUUUUGGGGACUCAACCUCAGGUAGAGGUUCUCCAGAAGGUUCAGGUGGCUCAAGAGGUGCACAAGGUGGCUCAGACGGCUCAAGAGGUCCUUCAGGAGGUUCAGGGGGCUCAGGAGGUCGAGAGAAAGGUACUGGAGGAUCGCAGACAAGAUAUCGAGACUGAGAGGAAGGCCCUGGAGGAGAAAAAACUCCAGGACACCCAGAAGAAGACUCUCGAGCCUGAAGUGGCCAUGGAGGAGCACAAGAGGGCUGAGGUCGAGUGGAAGGGUGUCGAGGUUGAAAAAAAGGUCGUGGAGGACCACAAGAGGACUCAGGAGGUUGAGAAAAAGGAGGAAAUCAAUACUGUUGAGAAUGAGUUGUAUAAUCAACUCAGUGGAGAGAAUUAUCUCUAUUUUGAUCCCAAUAAUGAGGGGAUGAAGGCUAGAGCGCUUUACGAUUAUCAAGCUGCUGAUGACACUGAAAUUACUUUUGAUCCUGGGGAUGUUAUCACUCAUAUCGAUGCCAUUGAUGAGGGCUGGUGGCAGGGACUCGCUCCUGAUGGUACUUAUGGACUAUUUCCUGCUAAUUAUGUUGAGGUUAUUGAAUAUGCUACAUGAGGGGUUCUGUCCGUUGUUGAGGAUUCGUGUUCCAGUUAUUGAGGGGUAUUAGAGGUUUAUUCGGGGUGAGGGGGAGGGGGAGGGGGCUAGAGUUAAUGAAGGGUUAUCUGGAAAAUUGGGGGAGUAGAGCUAUUUGGAAAUUUGGGAGAGAUAGCAAAAUUUUUGUUGGACCUUUUUUCUAGCUCUUGAAAUUCUCUAUAAAAAAGUUUUUCACGAAAAUUAUGGUAUCCGGAGUAGAGUCUCCAGAUUGUCCAGUUUUAAAUUCCCCGACUUGAACCAAUUUAUCUCUUCGCUACUGAAGUCAUUCAGGGGAAAAUAAGACGCCCAGAUAUUUCGUAUGACAUUUCAAUCAUCAUGGCUUCAGUCGCGACAGGAAGACCGUUAUCUUCCUGAGGAAAUAAUGUAUAAUAUUGCGGAAUUUUUACUUCCUGUUGACGUCGUAGCGUGUGAAUCCUUCGAGUGCAGAACUUUUUAUUUAGAAUAUCAUUAGAAGUAAUUAAAUAUCAGUAUAAAAAUGAUUCUGAACGACAGGAAUCAAAAAGACCGUCUCAACAGAAAAACCGAAAAAUUGUGUGUAAGCAUUUGUCGUUGCAAUUUCAUGAUUUCAUGACUUCAUAAUUUUAUUCUUAUAAUUUCAUGGGAAAAAAAAGUCUGGGCUCGAAGGGUCACGAUAGUAUCGAGAUAUUUAAUUCAUCAGACGCUCAAAUAAUUGAGCUGUUAAUUCAUAAUCCAUUUUUUUGAGACUUUAAGUGAAACAAAUAGUUUCUCUGUACUCAUCAAUCAAUUGUGACUAUUAUUGGAUAAAUAAUCAACCGAUCUCACAUUCACUCGAAACAAGAGAGUAAAGUCGAACAAAUUUAUAGAUGUUUUUUUAUUGAACGUGAAUAGAAAAGAGGGACUCAGGAAUCUGAACAAAUUUAAUAAUGUUCUUUUUCUGUAUUUUGUUGGAUGACUUAUGAAUAUAUUUACAAUGAUUUUAAUCCAUGAAUUGAAUGCCACUCCUGGAAUUUAUCAGGAGCGGUUGCGUGCAUUUGUACAUCUACUCAACUGUUACUCAAUCGCAAUGUACGGAAUUAAUUUUAGUUUAUUCGGAAUAAAUCUGUUUUUCAUAUA